UACUGGCUAAGAAAACCAAGUGAGGUGAAGAUAAGCGCCGAUGAUUCACGUCCUCAUCACCUGCAUUUAAUUCCUCGAACGCCCUUGCAACCGCGGAAGUGCAGACCGAGAUCCUAAAAUCCUUCAAAGAGAGAAAAAAACGAGAGAGAAGGAGGGAGAGAGAGACGUACACGGGGGAGACGAGGCAACACACACACACACACAAACACACACACACACAUUGGUGCACCCGCGGACGUAGUCUACACACGGUUUAUUUUUUCCUCCCCCGUUUUAUUCUCCAAAGCUUCUCUUUUGAGUUGUUCUCGCAUUAUCUCCCGUUUAUCUCUGUCUCUCCCUUCCCUUCGGCCAUCUUGUCCUCCUGCGGCUGGGGUUGGAGAGCUCGAGGGUUUUUAGUGAAUAUAUGGACCUUUGAGCUCCAGCCAUGCCUCCAAAGAACAGGAAAGUGGCCGUUAUGGGAUACAGAAGCGUGGGCAAAUCCUCCUUGUGUAUCCAAUUUGUUGACGGACAGUUUGUGGACAGUUAUGCCCCAACCAUCGAGAACACCUUCACAAAGAAUCUGAGAGUGAGAGGGCAGGAGUAUGGCCUGGAGCUGGUAGACACAGCUGGCCAGGAUGAGUACAGUAUUUUCCCAGCACAGUACUCAAUGGAUAUCCACGGUUACGUCCUUGUCUACUCUAUCACUUCAGAGAAAUCAUUUGAAGUGGUGCAGAUCAUAUAUGAAAAGAUCCUUGACAUGAUGGGCAAAGUGACUGUUCCCAUUGUCUUGGUGGGCAACAAAACAGAUCUUCACAUGGAACGUGUUGUGACCACCGAUCAAGGACGCAAAAUUGCCGAGAUGUGGAAGGCUGUUUUCCUGGAGACAAGUGCCAAACAACAUGAGGCUGUAAAUGAUAUCUUCACACGUGUCAUUCUGGAGAUCGAGAAGGCUGACGGCAACAUCAGUCCCGAGGGAAAAUGCAGAGUAUCAUGAAGAUCCUGGGUUAUAGGAUGGACCUUUUGAAACAUCUUUUCCACAAUAAUUCAUCAAAAUUAUAUAAGAGUUAAAUUUCAAUAGCUUAAGAAUAAUAGUGAUAAUAUUACACCUAAUAAUAAGUAUUCUUAUUUGGCCUUGGAAAAAAAAAACUUUAUAAUAAUGAUAUAUGACACGGAAUAUCUUGCUGAAAUUUUAUGAGGAGGGAGAUGAAUUAAUUUAGUCCUGGAGCCUUGUGUGAGUUUACAUGAAUUUGGGUUGGAUUAUAUUUUGUAAGUAUAUGUACAGCAUGUUUUAAUAUCGUACUAACUUACCCAGGGUGCCUCAUUGGUAGACCAAGUACUCAAUAUACAGCCUAACCCAUUUGUGACAUUAGAUGCAAUUUUUGCAAUAUUCUUCGUUUUAAAAGAAAAAUUUACUAGGAGUAUACAUCAGAUUAUGUGUCCCAGAUCCUCCCUGGGCAUAGAAAGAAGUUUCUUAUAUGAUUUUCUUUUUUUCCUCGCUCUGUUUCUCUCUUAUCUGUUCUCUUCUUUUUUCUUAACAUGCCGUUUCAGGUUAAGAUACAGUGUGAAAUUUGAUCAUUUUUUGAAGCAAGUUACUGCCUCAUCCUAAAAAGUAGCUGUAAAUAUAUUUCAUAUAAGAGUGGGAACUUUAUUUUUAGUUCUGUGGAUAAUGGAGAUCAAGAUUUAAAAAAAAAAAAAAUGUAGUGUAAGAGGAAAAAAAACAAAACACAAAAAAAAGAUUAGUAAUUAAGUGAAAAUCCUCCCCCCCUCCCCUCCUAAAUCCCAGUUUCAAAUGACAUCACAAGUUCAUAGACGUUCCCAGUUUUUGUAGCGUUAGUGUGUGAGGGGGUUUAGAGUUUGAGGCGUGUUCGUAUCCAAUAUUUUUUCAUCAUAUUUUUUAUUUUGCUACCUAAAUGAUUCUCAGACACAAACAGGAAGUGUGAUUGUUUAGUGUAAAGAAUUGUAAUAUAGGUACGUGAUAGAUUUAUUUGCAACUAAGAGUUUUUGACUUCUGUAUUUUGUCAAAUGUAAAGCUGGAUACAGAGUGUUGUUGGUGAGCUGAAGCUUCUGUCACAGGAAGGAUUCAGAAUCUUACAGAAACUUGGUAUACUAAGUAGAAGUAAAAAUGACAUUUUCUUUGGUAAAUAAACUUUGUAUGAAAUUAUAUUUUUUAUUUAAGAGUUGUCAUGUUUGAUAUAAUUUUUAUAUUAAAUACAAUGUGAACUAAGUAUGGAGCAGUAGAUGGCUUUUAUUAUGAUUUUUUUGUGUUAUUGAGUUAUAUUGUAAAUGUAGCAUAAAGUGUUUGUCGGAGACUGUUUCAACAUGAAUACCCAAUCCUAAUUUUAUGAGAAAAGAAGUGAUCCUAUCUUGAACUGGUUGUUAAUUUACUCAAAUAGAAAAUGCCAUGAAGUGUAUGUUUUGGUGUGGCUCAAACAUGUCCACUUUUAAAGAAACAAAGAUAUGCACAUAUAUGCGUAAGCAGACAAGUAGACAGAAAAUAGUUAUUGCAUUGUAGAUACAACUGAUUUUCUACUCUUCAUAUUUUGAGUAAACAAACAUAUUCUGUGGAGCUGUGAUGGUAAGUAUUUGCUAGUUCUAGAGCAGCACCUGUAUAUUUUUUCUCAAUUAGGGUUAAAUAUUAAGUAAUCUCUUCAAUGCCUAUAUGCUGUAUACAAUGGCGAGAUGAUGAUGACCGGAUAUAUAAUGAUACAUUUUUUCUUUAGAUUUUUUCUUAUAUACAUUUGUAAAUACUCUUAUUAGGGCAAAGCCUGGCAAAUUGUCUAUACUUUACUUUCUUGUCUCUCAGAUUUUUGAGAAAGCUGUGUAGGAAUGGAGCAAAUGAAAUUAAUGAAUUUAUUGAUAGAUUUAGAAACAGCACAUACAUCCCUCAGGAAGCUAAGAUAGGUACAGUUGGAAGGCAGAUAUCCCUGUUGUAGCAGUAGUUCCCAAACUUUUGUGUAUUGUAUAAUACCUCAAACUUUGCACUGAAAUAAUGUUACUGAAUGCUGCAAAACACUGAAGAUACUAAAGUAAGCAAUAUAAGAAUCAUCAGAUAAAGCAGGUGAAAGAGUAGCUAAAUAUCUGGAGUAAAUUGUGUACCAAAAUUUGGGAACCUGAUCUAGGAUGGAGGAAACAUGCCAAGGUGACAGACAGACUACCAUGCUAAUAAAUAACAGGAUUUGUUUCCUUAACAAAGAAGCACAAAUAGAACAUGAGGCAAAUAUUGAGUAUUGAAACUAGAAAAGCAUACACUGGUAUCUUGGCAGUCUUUUGGAACAACAAAAAAUGACUGCAAUUUUUUCCUUCUUCUUCUUCUUGUUUAGAAAUGCAAGUUCAUCCAUCUCAUUGACAGGGAGUAGAGAAACUGCCUGCUCAGAAGAAUUUUCCAUCUCGGAAGGUGGUUUACCCUUACGUUUGCACAAGCAGACUCAAAAGCUCACCAAGGCAUUAUGCUAUUAAUUUUGCAUUUUUUUUUAAUUAUUAUCAUUUGGUUAUCAUUGUUUUCCAUUAUUAUUUUUUGAUGAAAGCUAUUACUUAUAAUACAAGACAUUUCCUUGGUUAGUGUGGCACUAUGAAAAUAAGUGUUGUUCAGCUUUGAAAGUACAAAACUAUCAUCAAGAAUGUAGAAUUUUUGCAAAAGAAUAACACUGCAAAGGGAGAGUAUGUAGCAAAAUUCAAUGAUGGUUGUAUAAAAUUGUACUAACUUCUGUAUAUUUAUUUGGGCUUUUGAUGAGGCAUCACAUUAUCAUAGCAGGAAGUGAUAGUUAUGGAGAUGAAGUUAUAUAUAUUUUAUUUUUUAUUUUUAGAUAUAUGUUUAUAAAAUCAUAGAGGUACUGAUAGACUGUUAUGAGAAUUUAAGAAAUAUAUUUUUUGUGCUUGAGUGUAACCAUGCAAUAACUUUUUUCGUUGUUAUGCUCGUGUGAGGGCUAUGACAAGCAAUAAUUGUACCAAAUGAGAAUCAAAAAAAGAAAAAAAAUAUGUAGACGGAAGACUACAUUUCAACAUUUUUAUGCAUCAAGAAUUCUUUUCAUCUUCAGUUUUCCAAAAGUGUAUCAGCUUCUGUUAGAAUAAAUGUAUUAUCAAUGUGAAA